AUGCCACCAGCAGUGUCAUCUACUUUUGAGUCAGAGAGAGACCCUGUGAUAUAUGUGCACACAGUUUCAGAGGCUGGUCGUCUUCUUCCUUCAGCUAGCCGCUGGAACUCUAUAGCACUUGACUUUAAACUUGCUCCUCAUUCUUCCACUGCCUAUGAAUCAAUCCCUUCCCAAUACCCAAAAUCUGUUGACUACAAUCUUGUUAUCACUGACAGGAAGCAUUUUCAUUGUUUUCUUUUUGUUCUUGUAACAAUAAUCUUAGCCAUCCUAGCAGCUGUUUUGUUGGUGCAUUUUUUACCUCAGAAGCACAAGCAUCAAGGCUCUUCAAUCGAUCUCAAAGUGGCAAUAAACCAAGCUCUAACAUUUUAUGAUGCCCAAAAAUCUGGGCAUUAUCCGAGGAACAGUCCAGUUAAAUUUCGGGGAGAUUCAGGAUUAAAAGAUGGGGAUUCCGCUAACAAUGAUCUUACUGGUGGAUUUUAUGAUUCUGGCAACAACAUUAAGUUUACCUUCACCACAGCUUACACCAUGACCUUGUUGAGUUGGACUGUCAUGGAAUAUCAAAGUAAAUAUGCUGAUAUUGGUGAACUUGAUCAUGUUAGGGACAUCAUUAGAUGGGGCAGUGACUACCUGCUCAAGGUGUUCACUCCCCCAAAUUCAGCAGAUGGAUCAAACUUGAUGCUGUAUUCCCAGGUUGGAAGUACCAUUAGUAUCAACAAUGAACCUAAUGAUUUGAGUUGCUGGCAACGACCCGAAGAUAUGAAAUAUGAGAGACCAGUUUCAAUUUGCAAUGGCUCUGCUACAGAUUUAGCUGGUGAAAUUGUUGCAGCAUUAUCUGCAGCAUCGAUGGUAUUCAAGGAGGACAGAGAUUACUCAAAGAGACUUAAGGAUGCAGCAGAAGGGCUCUUUGGGGCAAUACCUACCAAACAAGGGACUCACACCAUGGUUGAUGCAUGUGGAAAACAAGCAACAAUGCUUUAUAACUCAACCAGCUACCAAGAUGAGUUGGCUUGGGGUGCAACAUGGUUAUUUCUUGCUACUGCAAACACUAAUUACCUUGAAAUUGCAACUGAAACUUUUUUUUCAGCCAAGAGUAGUGAAUCAAGCGUUGACAAAGGGGUUGUUUACUGGAAUAACAAGCUCAAUGCAGUGGAGGUUUUGCUAACCGGUAUUCGAUACUUCCGUGAUCCUGGCUUCCCAUACGAGGAUGUUCUGAAACUUUCAUCUAACUCAACCGAUGCACUCAUGUGUUCUUAUGUAUUCAAUAAAUACUUUAGCAGGACACCUGGUGGGUUGAUUAUCCUGAAACCUGAUUAUGAACCAUUGCUCCAGUUUGCUGCUACAGCAUCUUUUCUCAGUAAAUUAUACAGCGAUUACCUUGAUCAUCUCAAAAUGUCUAGUGCAAGUUGCAAGACUGAUACAUUCUCCGUGAAAAUGCUUCGCGAUUUUGCCACUUCUCAGGUUAACUACAUAUUGGGGCAGAACCCUUUGCAAAUGAGUUAUUUAGUGGGCUAUGGUGACAGGUAUCCUGUCCAAGUUCAUCACAGAAGUGCAUCAAUCCCUUGGAAUAACCAACCUUACAAUUGUGACGAUGGUAAGAAAUGGCUAAACUCCAAAGAUCCAAAUCCACAAGUUCUUUUGGGAGCCAUGGUGGGAGGGCCAGACACUAAUGAUAAUUUCAUGGAUCAGAGGACCAACCAAAAGUUCACUGAACCGAACAUAGCCAGUAAUGCAGGCUUAGUUGCAGCACUGAUUGCGCUUCAAGAUCCUCCUUAUAGUUCACGUGACCUAAAGAGCACAUUGUGGGGAUGGACUUGA